CUGUGGGUGCCCUGGGCAUCUGCACCUGACCUACACUGGCUCCAGGUUACUGCAUCCUGGUUUAAAAGCUGUGUCUGGGAAAGCGCAGGACACGGAAGCUUUUGGCAGAGCUGUCUCUGGGACAACAGAGGGAGAAGGGGAGCCCAUCCUCCCCGCCGGGGUGCACCUGCAGGCGUCUGUGUCCCUGUCCUCCCCGUGGGGGUGCACCUGCAGGCAUCUGUGUCCCCGUCCCCCCGUGGGGGUGCACCUGCAGGCGUCCGUGUCCCCGUCCCCCCGUGGGGGUGCACCUGCAGGCGUCCGUGUCCCCGUCCCCCCGUGGCUGUGCACCUGCAGGCAUCUGUGUCCCCGUCCUCCCCGCCGGGGUGCACCUGCAGGCGUCUGUGUCCCCGUCCUCCCCGUGGGGGUGCACCUGCAGGCAUCCGUGUCCCCGUCCCCCCGUGGGGGUGCACCUGCAGGCGUCCGUGUCCCCGUCCCCCCAUGGCUGUGCACCUGCAGGGAUCCGUGUCCCCGUCCCCCCAUGGGGGUGCACCUGCAGGCAUCCGUGUCCCCGUCCCCCCGUGGGGGUGCACCUGCAGGCAUCCGUGUCCCCGUCCCCCCGUGGGGGUGCACCUGCAGGCGUCCGUGUCCCCGUCCCCCCAUGGCUGUGCACCUGCAGGGAUCCGUGUCCCCGUCCCCCCCGUGGGGGUGCACCUGCAGGCAUCCGUGUCCCCGUCCCCCCGUGGGGGUGCACCUGCAGGCAUCUGUGUCCCCGUCCUCCCCGUGGGGGUGCACCUGCAGGCAUCUGUGUCCCCGUCCUCCCGUGGGGGUGCACCUGCAGGCGUCUGUGUCCCCAUCCCCGCCGUGGGUGUGCACCUGCGGGCGUCUGUGUCCCCGUCCUCCCCGUGGGGGUGCACCUGCAGGCAUCUGUGUCCCCGUCCUCCCGUGGGGGUGCACCUGCAGGCAUCUGUGUCCCCGUCCUCCCCGCCAGGGUGCACCUGCAGGCAUCUGUGUCCCCGUCCUCCCGUGGGGGUGCACCUGCAGGCAUCUGUGUCCCCGUCCUCCCGUGGGGGUGCACCUGCAGGCAUCCGUGUCCCCGUCCCCCCGUGGGGGUGCACCUGCAGGCAUCUGUGUCCCCGUCCUCCCGUGGGGGUGCACCUGCAGGCAUCCGUGUCCCCGUCCCCCCGUGGCUGUGCACCUGCAGGCAUCUGUGUCCCCGUCCUCCCGUGGGGGUGCACCUGCAGGCAUCCGUGUCCCCGUCCCCCCGUGGCUGUGCACCUGCAGGCGUCCGUGUCCCCGUCCCCCCGUGGCUGUGCACCUGCAGGCAUCUGUGUCCCCGUCCCCCCCGUGGGUGUGCACCUGCGGGCGUCUGUGUCCCCGUCCUCCCCGUGGGGGUGCACCUGCAGGCAUCUGUGUCCCCGUCCUCCCGUGGGGGUGCACCUGCAGGCAUCUGUGUCCCCGUCCUCCCGUGGGGGUGCACCUGCAGGCAUCCGUGUCCCCGUCCCCCCGUGGCUGUGCACCUGCAGGCAUCUGUGUCCCCGUCCUCCCGUGGGGGUGCACCUGCAGGCGUCCGUGUCCCCGUCCCCCCAUGGCUGUGCACCUGCAGGCAUCUGUGUCCCCGUCCCCCCCGUGGGUGUGCACCUGCGGGCGUCUGUGUCCCCGUCCUCCCCGUGGGGGUGCACCUGCAGGCAUCCGUGUCCCCGUCCUCCCCGUGGGGGUGCACCUGCAGGCAUCUGUGUCCCCGUCCUCCCCGUGGGGGUGCACCUGCAGGCAUCUGUGUCCCCGUCCUCCCAUGGCUGUGCACCUGCAGGCAUCUGUGUCCCCGUCCUCCCCGUGGGGGUGCACCUGCAGGCAUCCGUGUCCCCGUCCCCCCGUGGGGGUGCACCUGCAGGCGUCCGUGUCCCCGUCCCCCCAUGGGGGUGCACCUGCAGGCGUCUGCAUCUGUGUCCCCGUCCUCCCGUGGGGGUGCACCUGCAGGCAUCCGUGUCCCCGUCCCCCCGUGGGGGUGCACCUGCAGGCGUCCGUGUCCCCAUCCCCCCGUGGGGGUGCACCUGCAGGCAUCUGUGUCCCCGUCCUCCCCGUGGGGGUGCACCUGCAGGCGUCCGUGUCCCCGUCCCCCGUGGGACGCACCUGUAGGCGUCCGUUUUAAAUACUAGCUAUGUCUAUUGUUUUUUGUGUUUUAAAAACUCCAAUUCUAUGUUGGUUAGAUUUUCUUAGUCUUUCUAACCCUUUUCACUUCUUUCAUUAUAUAAUUUCUAUUUUCCUUUCUUCAGUGUCCCUUAUUAAAUUUUUAAUUAAAAUCAUUUUCUCU